UUCUAGCUAGCUAUCUGCCUAUCUCUCAUUCCUUCAAUUCCACCAGAAAAUGGCCUCUCCUGAAAACUCAAUUUCUCCAAGAAAGCUUAGGGAUGAUCUCUACAUGUACACAUACCAACAAGAUUCAAACACCCCACUAGUGAUCUCAGUCCUUGCUUCUUUAAUGGAGAGGAUCCUAGCCAGGAAUGAGAGAAUCGCCAAGAGUUUCACCAAUUGGGGUCUCCCAAACCCAAAGGAUGCGAGAACAAGGGUAUUUGAGUGGCAUGAAACCCCAGACAUGAGCAUCCAAUCAUAUCUGGAGAGGAUUUUCAGGUACACCAGAGCUGGACCAUCAGUCUAUGUGGUUUCCUAUGUCUACAUAGACAGGUUCUCCCACCUCUACCCCGACUUCAGAAUCACUGCCAAAAAUGUUCACAGGCUCCUCAUCACCACCAUCAUGUUGGCUUCUAAAUAUGUUGAAGACAUGAGUUACAGAAAUGCUUACUUUGCAAGAGUGGGUGGCUUGACAACAAAGGAGAUGAACAGAUUGGAGAUUGAAUUUUUGUUCCUUAUGGGAUUCAAAAUGCAUGUGAACCUAAGUGUGUUCCACAGCUAUUGCCGCCAUUUGGAAAGAGAAGUGAGCAUCGGAGGAGGGUAUCAAAUUGAAAGGACUUUAAGAUGUGCUGAACAAAUCAAAUCCAAACAAACACACCAUAAUACACGAUAUGCCGACACCACACAUCGUCUAUUGUUGUAAUAUUUUGCAUAGCUUGUACAUUCUACUAUUUUAUACAAGUUAUAAAUGUUACACUUUACACAAA